AGAUGUAUCUGCGGUGAUGGCGGACUAUGUACCUGGGGAAUAACACCUCGAUAACCUCUUCCUUGAGGCCAGGCCGCACCUCUCCCACACCUUACACCAGCAGUAGCACUCCGGGCGGGGUUACAGGGGACGUGAAGGGUUAGAGAGAGAGAGAGAGGUGCGGACGGCCGAGGUUCAAUAUGCAGGCGGCGGCGUAGUGGCAGCAGCGGCGACAGUGGCGGCGGCUCUCCCUCUCUCUCUCUCUCUCACUCACUCUCUGCCUCUCACUCUGACUCUCACAGUGGUGGAGGUGUGAGUGAGAGCGCCGCCAGCAGCAGUAGGGGAUGGAGUUCGAGGACUACGAGAGCCUGCCGGUGGGCAGUGUCGGGGUGCACAUGACGGCGGGCGCCCUGGCCGGGGUCAUGGAGCACUGCCUCAUGUUCCCCAUCGACUCCGUCAAGACUCGGAUGCAGAGUUUGGCUCCAUCUCCAGAGGCUACGUAUCGAUCGAUUCGAGAGGGUUUGGUGAAGAUGGUCAAUUCGGAAGGAUUGUUAAGACCGAUGGGUGGCGUAAAUGCUGUCAUUCUUGGAGCUGGUCCUGCCCAUGCAUUUUAUUUCUCGGCAUAUGAAGGAAUUAAAUCUACCUUUGGCUCCAAUAAUUCGCUCCACAACCAUAUUGUCAAUGCUGGUGCUGGUUGUGGGGCAACACUCUUCCAUGAUGCUGUUAUGGUACCUGCAGAUGUUAUCAAGCAAAGGAUGCAGAUGUACAACAGCCCAUACAGAUCGUGUUUUGACUGUUUGCGAAAGCUUUACCGAAGCGAGGGUGUGAAAGCAUUCUACCGUUCAUUUACAACGCAACUUGUGAUGAAUGUUCCCUUCCACGCUAUUCACAUUGUCACUUACGAAAAGUUGCAGAGCGUCAUGAACCCGGAGAGGGAAUACAACCCUAAAGCUCACAUGGUAGCAGGAGCCGUGGCGGGAGCUGUGGCAGCGGCGGUCACAACACCGUUGGAUAUGUGUAAAACGGUUCUUAAUACGCAGGAAACUUCUGCCCUGGUCCAGCUGCAGCAGUCACGAGUAAUUGGCAUUAUGGGAGCCUUCCGAACCAUCUACUUGAUAAAUGGGUUUCCGGGGUUCUUCAAGGGAAUACAUGCUCGUAUUCUGUACCAGAUGCCAGGAACGGCAAUAUCUUGGAGUGUGUAUGAAUUGUUUAAACACCAUAUGAUGGUACAAACCAGAAAUGACAGCCCAUCACCACAUUGGAACAGUGAUCUAAUUAAGGAUAGUGUAAUAAGAGACCUUGAAAGUGAUGGGGAAUCCUUAAGUAAAAGUCUUAGUGAUAACGAUGGGAAAGUUAUUGUUCAAGAAAGGCUUUUAACGCUCGGCACAACGACCAAUAAAACUGUUGAGCGUUUGAGAACUCUUCAUAUGCCUUCAUUGACUGCAAAUUGUGCAGCAGCGGACGAUAACUGGUUGGGCAAGUAGUAAUAUUGUUGGCAUUGGAAGUGAGAGAAUAUAUUUCCAUAGAAUGUGCAGUUUGUGCCUUCCGUUUGAAUAUUAUCUGGCAGGGAGAGGUGUGUGAAGCUGUUAAUAAGUUAGCAAAUGGAAGAGAGAGUGUAGCAAAACCUUGGUAAGCACGCAUUGAGUCACGAUAACAUGGCCGAAGGGUUGAUACCCGAUCCACAACUGAAAAUUAAGAAACGGCGGCAUUUUGGUCUAUCCUGGACCACUAUUAAGUUGAUUACACAACUUGAUAAUGGUUCAGGAUGGACCGAAACAUAGUCAUUUCUUCGUUUUCAGUCGUAGGUCGCGUUUCAAACUUUGGUAAUGCAUAGUUCUUUGGCCUCCAUAUAUUAAGCUUAACAGCAUAGGUAGCAAGUGGGUCCAGUUCUCAUUAAUAAUAUAAAACAAACGUUUAAAUACAAAGUAAUAAAAUUUAAGGCUCGCCCUUGCUGGUGAUAUAACAAGUUAUUAUACAGUAUUAUCACUUACAAGUGCAUAGCACAAAUGGCUUAAAGUAAUAUGAAGUCUCACUGUGUGAAAUGCUUUUUUUUUUCAUUCACUUCACUUAUAAAAGCAUUUCACUUGCUGUUUUGAAUGGAAGUAUAGCGUAAAUCUAGGCACAGAUAUGACACAAACUCGAGUAAAAGACGUUGAUGAGAAUGGCAUUAGACUUGAGUGGUGUACAUUAUAUGCAUGCUGUAUCAUCCAGCCUAUCUGUACCUGGCUUGCAGUAUGUAGUGUUGACCAUACAGGACCAUACCAGUAUAAUACUGUGCACUCAGUUUUGUAUUAUGCCGUAUUCAUUGCACAGGUCUUUUAUUUUGGUCUUCAUUUACUGUAUUUGUAAAGUUUGCCAAUUCUCUCUUUUUUUUCUUCUCACUCGCUCUCUUUUUUUUUCCCCAAACUCACUGUGUAUUGUUUAAAUAUAGACCUAAUGUUAUUUUGCUUACUGAUGCAGAUUACCAGGGUUUUGUUAUAUGGUAGUGAGCCGUCCUCUCAAUGUGCAACCAACAUACAAAGUCCAUCAGCCUAUUCUAACCAAAAAUGCACGAACCCAAGCCACCUACUUAGCCUAACCAACUGAAGCAUAGAAAACGUAGAUUUUUUUGUGAGCCGCUACUUUUUAUAGUAUAUACAUUGCGUUUGUUACGUUGGUUACCGUAAUGUGCGGUGUACAUUAUGGUAAGAUAACGUAACGCCGUACUGUAUGGUAACCGUACAUUGUUGUAUUAGUUGAGAGGACGAGUUGUGAUGGUUAAAAUGAACUCCUUCAUUUAAUGUAGUCUAGUCAGAGUUUAUGUGAGGACAUAAAUGUAUUUGAGCUAUUUGACGUCCAAGAUUGUGGCGGUGAUUUUAACCAUUUUACGAUUGAAGAGCGAGGCGUAAGAGACUGAUAAAGUGUUACUCGUUGAAAACUAUUGUGAUCCAGUCUACCUAAGAUAUAUAUACAGGAUUUCAUACAAGCUUAUAGAAUGUAAAUAUUUUUAUAGAAAGAUGCGUUUGUGGGCAACACCCGUAGAAUAUUUCCAGGAGGUGCUUUAUUCAUGUGAUAAUUGCUAAUUAAAAAGUUUUCGUGUAAAAUUGGUUUAACUCGGUUGUGGAAACGUCAAUACUUAUGCAUCAAGUCUGGAAAUGCCUGUUGUUUCACAUGCGUGAUAUAAUGAUUUGUCUAUGAUUUUGUGUCAUUGUCUUCUGUUGUCAACUUUGAAUUGUUUAAUACAUGUAUAAGUAAGUAAUCUAGUACUAGGAAAAGGUUAAACCUCGUUUGGCAUGAUUAUACCAUAGGUAAGCUAUCAUUAGAAGCCAGAUUAAAAUGAAGAGUAUAACAAUCCGUUUUAGUCGACUUGGGAAAUAUGGGCUUAUUUCUUUAUCUCCGCCUCUUCUUCAUAUAUAGGCUCUAUGAAAUAGUGUCUUAUCAUUUUUUGUGGUUUUAUUUUUUUGGUUUGUAGGUUUAAGCGACCCUUCCAUCCAGCUUUGUCAUUGUUAACUUUGUUAUGGGGAUUUCUUUGUUGGAGCAUGAUGAGUGUAGUUGUAAGGUCAGAUAUAGAGGCGUCCCCAGAGUGUAAUUGCAUGUAGAUCAGUAGGUUUUGGAACUGCCUCUAAUUCAAAAUGUAAUUUGUACUGUAUAUUCUCUUAGAUAAUCCAAAGUGAUUAGCAAUUGCUAACUAGUGUAAUUACAGCAUUGUAGUGGAUCACCUCUUGUCUUCACUCGGUCCUGUUGUUGUAUAGUACACGUUUACAGCUGAAAUCUUGCGGUACCUAUGAUCAC